AUGCCCGACCGUAGAGCAGUCACUGGAGAGCGUGUUUGGUGUUACUGUGGAAUAAAUAAGUAUGGUACUACCCCCCAUGAGUGCCACAUACGCACCCGCUAUCAACAUCUAGCCAAAGCCCAGUGGCUAGACCAACUUUUGCGUGCGGGCAACAUUGAAGACAAUGAGGACAACGCUGAAAAUAGUGAGAAUGGAAUGGAUAUUGACCAUACAAUGCAUAAUGCGCAUCAGUACAAAGACCGUGGAGGGGAUUUAGGGCUUGGAGACAACAGCUUUAACAAUAUUGAUGCAUACAUGGGCGCACACCUUGACAGCAAGCUGUCUGAGUUGGAGGACUCGCAUGCCAAUUGGCAUGAUAUUGACAACCCUGUUUGCAUUCCCUUGCAAACGCCAACUCCCCCGCCCAACAACAAGGAACCCCCUGACAAGGAUGGAUUUGCACACAUCACGGAGGAGGAUUAUUGCAAGUACAAUUGUUGGUUUGACAAAGACACUCUUGAAAUGGACAACAUUAUUGCCAAAACUCUUACCAAGGAAGAAAUGGAUAGCAUCAAGAUGAUGGCUAUACAACUGUUUGGACACAUCUUGCAGCGCAACUACAAACGUAUUUGCUUGCUAUUCUUUCUGGGAUAUCCCCUCAACCAAUUGACUGCUGCAUCAACAUCUGUCACGCAUUCACUGGACCCUACGCCAACAAGGAUAUAUGCUCUACAUGAAGAAGGCCGGAUGGAUGAUUACAUUGACUUGCAACGCUAUAAAGAUCUGUGUGAAAGUAACAUUAUUGUCAAAGGUGAGGACUUGGGAGUCCGGUAUUUUCAUGGAUCUUGUGACAUUGCCUAUGCGGUCACGACAGAUGGCGUCAACCUAUUCGAGCAGGCGCAUUCUGAGAAAAGUACUUGUUGGCCAAUUAUGGCCAUCAAUUUAAAUCUCCCUGCAAGCAAACGCGUUAAGCUUUGCAAUUUGAUUCCCCUGGGCGUUAUCCCUGGACCAAACCAGCCAAAGGAUUUUGACUUGUACCUGGAGCCGUUUGUGGGGGAGGCAAUUGAACAGGCUCGUGGGGUUGAGACUUACAACGUCACUAGGCGGGAACGGUUCAAGUUAUGGGCCCAUGCUUUUCUCAUUUUGGGCAACAUGCAGGCAAUCAAGCACGUGACCCAAAUGAAAGGACCAAACGGCAAGGUUCCUUGUUGCGCGUGCAAGGCCAUUGGUGUUUAUCAUACCUGCCGCAAGGGUUAUUACAUCCCUCUUGCUAACCCAGCCAACUACCCCGACGCAAUCCCAGACGGCAGACCUGACCCACAGGAUUUCCUGCCCAAUACAAUUCCUUUGUACAACCCACUUGAUCUCCCUCUCCGCACCAAAGCUAGGAUUGCUGACCAACUUGGAGAAAUGGAUGCUGCCAACACAAAGCGCCAACGUGAUGCCUUGUCUAAGAACUACGGACUCAUCAACCAUUUGAUCCUCAACCGCAUUCCCUUGAUUUGUUGGCCUGACUCGUACCCGCACAAAUACCUUCACUUGUUUCUUCUCAAUCAUGGCCGUGAACUUAUCUCACUUUGGACUGGAUCUUGUCACGGCAUUGAUGAUUCUGGCAACAAGGAUUAUUUGAUAUCUGCUGACAACUGGGCCGCUAUUGGACUUGAGACCAAAGAGGCUUCAAAAACACUACCUGCCGCAUUCAUUUGA